AGGAGGAGGAAAGAGGGAAGGAAGGGACCCGGACACACGCAAGGCGUUUGAAUGACUGCAGCAGCCCCGGCGGCAGAAGACAGACCUGCGAAGCGCGGGGAGUGGGGAGGAAGGGGAAACCUCCCAACCUGAUCGCUCUGUCCUCCUUAGCAUCUGGCUCCCUCCUUUGGCUGCUGCAACGCUCCGAAGAGGAGGAGACGGAGGAGGGGCCUCAACCACAUUAUUAUUAGAACUAUCAAGUAUUAUUCCUGUGCGAGGAGGUGAUUUCCUCCUCCCUUGCUCCUUCCAUGCGCGCGCCCGCGCGCGCCACAUUCCCUGCUUCUGCCCAGAGCUAUCGGCUGCCUCCGUUGCUGCGCUCCCUCACUCUGCGCCUUCAUCCCCAUCCUCUUCAUCCGGAGCUUCCUUUGCUCCCCCGCCCCUCCCACACGCUCUGCACCCCGGCUUCUGGAUUGCUCGCCCCCGUCCCCUGCAGAGGCGGCUGCUGCUGCUGGAGAAGGAGAGAAGGAGGGAAGUGGAGGGCUUUCGCCCCGGCUGAGCCAUGCCGGGGGGUGGCCGCGGCUGCCGGAAUCAGGGAUGGGGCGAGAGGCUGCUGCGGAGCCCAACAUCUCCCCACCGGGGGCCUGGGAGGCAGAGGAGCCGCCGCCGUCGCUGCCGCCGCCGCUGCUGAAAGACAACGGGCGAUGGGCAUAGAUAGGCAAGUCUGGACGUGAAGGAAUUUCCUUCAUCUUUUAAAAAACUUCUGAAGAACAUCUAUGUCUGAAGGGAAAAAUCCCAGAUGAAGAUGAGACGUCACAAGCUCUUUUUGACUCUGUGCAUGGCUGGUCUUUGCCUCAUCUCCUUCCUUCACUUCCUGAAGGCUCUUUCCUAUGUCACAUUCCCCAGGGAGCUGGCAUCGCUUAGCCCUAACCUAGUCUCUAACUUUUUCUGGAACAAUGCACCCGUCACGCCUCAGGUCAGCCCUGAGCCUGGGGGUCCAGAGUUUCUCCGUACGCCACUGUACUCCCACUCACCUCUCCUCCAGCCUCUCUCCCCAAGCAGGGCUGGUGAGGAGCUGCACAAAGUUGAGUUUGUGUUGCCUGAAGAUACUGCUGAAUACUUUGUACAUACCAAAGCUGGUGGUGUCUGCUUCAAACCAGGCACCAAAGUGUUGGAAAAGCCACUAGCAGGCCGUCCAGAUGAGAAAAUAGAAGGUGCUGCUUCUGGGCGUACAGGCCGGAAACCUCUGAGCACCAAUGGGACCAAGCGGCGUAAGUGGGUGGAGUGUGUCUGCCUUGCUGGCUGGCAUGGGCCUAGCUGUGGAGUGCCCACUGUGGCCCAGUACUCAAACCUUCCCACUAAAGACCGCCUGACCCCACGGGAGGUACCACGGAGAGUCAUUAAUGCCAUCAAUGUCAACCAUGAAUUUGACCUCUUGGAUGUGCGUUUCCAUGAGCUGGGUGAUGUGGUAGAUGCCUUUGUGGUCUGUGAAUCAAAUUUCACUGCCUAUGGUGAGCCACGCCCCCUCAAGUUCCGUGAGAUGCUACUUAAUGGUUCCUUUGACUACAUCCGCCACAAGGUUCUCUAUGUCUUCCUGGAUCACUUCCCCCCUGGUGGGCGCCAGGAUGGGUGGAUUGCUGAUGACUACCUGCGCACUUUUCUGACUCGGGAUGGCAUCUCUCGCCUCCACAAUCUGCGACCAGAUGAUGUUUUCAUAAUUGAUGAUGCAGACGAGAUCCCAGCUCGUGAUGGCGUGCUCUUCCUCAAACUGUACGAUGGUUGGACGGAGCCCUUUGCUUUCCAUAUGCGCAAAUCCCUCUACGGAUUCUUCUGGAAGCAGCCUGGCACCCUGGAGGUGGUUUCUGGUUGCACGGUGGGAAUGCUGCAAACGGUGUAUGCCACAGAUGGGAUCCGCCUACGCCGGAGGGAGUACUAUACCAUGCCAGGCUUUCGGCAGUAUGAAAACAGCACAGGUCACAUCCUGGUGCAGUGGUCGCUGGGGAGUCCGCUCCAUUUUGCUGGCUGGCACUGCUCAUGGUGCUUUACACCGGAAGGAAUUUACUUCAAACUGGUGUCAGCCCAGAAUGGAGAUUUCCCCCGCUGGGGUGACUAUGAGGACAAGCGAGACCUUAACUAUAUCCGGGAGCUAAUUCGGACUGGUGGGUGGUUUGAUGGUACCACCCAGGAGUACCCUCCUGCAGACCCCAAAGAACAAAUGUAUGCCCCAAAAUACCUGUUGAAGAAGUAUCAGCGCUUUCGUUACUUACUGGAGAACCCCUACCAGAAAGCAGAGGGGGCUGGGUGAGGGAAGUGGGGCUUGCAUGGAAAAAGGGGACCUUCUGGGGGAAAAAAGUGGGAAAGUGGGGUAUGUCUUUUGGUUUUCCUUCCCCCCUCCCCACCUGCUCCUGCUGGGGUAUGUAUGUUCUCUCCAGGCUCUGCCUGCCUCAUUCCAGAAAAGAGACUUGGGUGUGUCUGGGUGUGGGGGAGAUUCCAAAUCGUGAACAACAACCAGAGGAUUGGUUGGCCUCUGAGAACUGGCCCUGAGAACUAGUAGAACUUCACUUUUCUUGUAGGAUGGGUGAAAAAUCUUUUGCAGGUAGCACCGCUCUGUGUGGCAUGGAGACAUGAAGGAGCCUGCAGCUAGAUGUGUGAGUGUGCAGAAGGUUCUACUUUCUUUGCAGUUUAAAUGAGGAUGUGUUGCUAAAAGCCAAUGUUCUUCUGAGUCAUUCAAAACUAAUGGCUGUCCUAUAAGCUCCAUUCUCCUUGCAUAUUGCUGCUUGUUCAGCCCACAGAGAUUUCAGGCAGAGGUAAGAGCAAUUCUUGGUUGUUCUCAAGAGCACGUGGUGAUGCUUGGCCAAAGACCACACUGCCCCUGGGUACAGUGCUUUUAUUUGUAGCUGGAACAGGCGGGUGGCAGCUUUACUAGGCGAGGUGUGUGUGCACGUAUGUAGGUGUGAGAGAAUUUUUGUAGGUGACCACAGGAGUCAUGCCUGUCUAGGAUAUGUAUAUUUUGCCAUGUGUGCUUGUUACAUUAGGUUGUAAGUGUGAGCGUGCACACAAAUGGGGAGCAUGGUAGCACCAAAGAACUCUGCUUUCCAUCUGAUGAUUAUUGACGUUCAGGGAAACUCUACAAACUGGCAGGCUAUGAAGUUUGAAAAGCUGUCUGAUUUUGCCUAUGAAAUGGAUGUUUUUGGUAGCCUGCCUCUAAUGUGGAAGCAAGAAGGCAGCAGGGCCAGCAGCCCGCAGGUUUGCAAGGGAAAUUUCCAUUGAGGACACACUUCCCACUUCUACUAAAACAAAAUGUGAUGUUUACAUUUUCAUCUAAAGUGGUGUGUGUGUCAUGUUCUGAGUUGCUUUUAAAGAAAGGGGACACUAGGGUACUAAAGCUACAAUGCCCGAGCUAUUACUUCUGGAACAGGAGAGGAGCAAAGGUACUUGGCUCUAUGAUGCCACCAUUUUGAGGACAAUGCUAUAUUGUUGGUCUAGCACUUGCACACCUAUAAUGUGGUUUGCAAACAGAGGGGGAAGAAUGUGUGAUUGAUGGAACUGAUGUAGGAGCCCAGUGGUUAGAUAAGGGUGUCAAUCAUGUAUCCUUCCUCUUUCAGUGAAAUGGCUCCAGUGUGUAUUUAAGUUACAUUAUGGAGUCAGUGUGAAAUGUACUGAAAACCCCACAUUAUGUUUGCUGCUAAGGAUAUAUAUUAAACAAUGAGUUACUGUGCUUACUGCUGGAAAUGGGUAAUGUGCGUGCAGUAAUAGGAGGAGCCCCAUGCUACCAAAAACAGAUUCCUUGCCAGUGGAACAGUAUGUUACUCUGAUAUGUGGUAUGUUUCUCUCUCUUUCUCCCUUUGGCUUUCACAUUCUUUCCUGCCCUUAAGAUGCAUUCUUCCUGUGCUGUGUCUUGCAUAAUAGGUUUCCUUUGGCAUCAUUCCUAAUGUUUGUCUCCAUUAUGCACUCAACCAGUUCACGUUCUGCCAUUGUCAUGUGGUGAAACCACUAUGCAUUAACUCUCCUUUUUGGUGCAACAACUGGUCUUGUGAACGCUUGAGAUGAUGGCUCUUCUUCUGGCACCAAAUUUUCUGGAAUGUGGGUUUGAGCCAGGAGAUGGUGAACUGUACCCUUGAUAUUUGUGAGAGAUGUGCUUCCGUCAGUCACAGGAUGGCUCCUUGUACCAACCCAAGUCAUCUUGUGUUUAACUGUGCCGUGUAAAAAUGGUUGUGUGAAUUGACCUUUAUGCCUUUAAAAUGAAGUAAAUUCCUGCCUAAAGCAGCCCUGA